AUGAGAAUAAGUUCUACUUGUCCAACUUCAGUAGGGAUGCAGUCUGAAAAUAGUGUUUGGAAAGUGAGAGCAGUCUAUAGGUCAGAGAAUGAAGAGAAUGUAGAGAAUGAAGAGAAUGUAGAGAAUGAAGAGAAUGUAGAGAUUGUAGAGAACGUAGAGAAUGUAGAGAAUGAAGAGAAUGUAGAGAAUGAAGAGAAUGUAGUUAAUGUAGAGAAUGAAGAGAAUGUAGAGAUUGUAGAGAAUGAAGAGAACGUAGAGAAUGUAGAGAAUGUAGAGAACGUAGAGAAUGUAGAGAAUGAAGAGAACGAAGAGAAUGUAGAGAAUGAAGAGAACGAAGAGAAUGUAGAGAAUGAAGAGAACGUAGAGAAUGUAGAGAACGAAGAGAAUGUAGAGAAUGAAGAGAACGUAGAGAAUGAAGAGAACGAAGAGAAUGUAGAGAAUGAAGAGAACGUAGAGAAUGUAGAGAAUGAAGAGAACGAAGAGAAUGUAGAGAAUGAAGAGAACGAGGAGAAUGUACAGAAUGAAGAGAACGUAGAGAAUGAAGAGAACGAAGAGAAUGUAGAGAAUGAAGAGAACGAAGAGAAUGUAGAGAACGAAGAGAACGAAGAGAAUGUAGAGAAUGAAGAGAACGAAGAGAAUGUAGAGAACGUAGAGAAUGAAAAGAACAAAGAGAAUGUAGAGAAUGAAGAGAACGAAGAGAAUGAAGAGAACGAAGAGAACGUAGAGAAUGAAGAGAACGUAGAGAAUGUAGAUUAUGAAGAGAACGAAGAGAAUGUAGGUUAA